AUGACGACAAUGUAAAUGGAGACGCCAUAUUGUUUUUAGUAAUGGAGGACUGGAAACACAAACUUCGUUGAAUGGGAAGGAAAACAACAUAAAUACAGAGUUUAGGAUCCUCAAACAGGAAUUAAAAUGGCAACACAGACACAAACUAUCAAGCGGCAAGCCGCGAGGACACACGAUUAUCUGUAUGAUAAUCACUUUGUUGUGUCCAGUGAGAGGGAUCAUGCUCGUGCUACUUUCAAAGCCCACACCAGCACGGACAGGGUUAAACGUGUGCCAAUAUACAACACCAUGUUCAGCGAGCUCCGUCACCAUCCACGUUUUCAAAUGCGACUGGAUGUCACUGACCCCGUUCCAAAAUUCAUGUCCCGUCAAUGGAGAGGCUAUGGGGAACAGCAGCGAGAGGCCAUGAUCCGCUACACAACGUUCAAUUAUGAUCCAUCAGUUGUUGUUCCACCUAAACAGUUUGCAGAUGCACAAGUAGCCGGACAAAAUAGAUACAAAUUUUUUAAGAGACCAAUGAUUCCAUUCAUGCAGCAGAUUCCUCCAGAAGUCAUGCUGGCUACUGCUAGACAAGACCCUCUGGCUGGUCCGGAUCAGCUUCAAGUAGAGAGGCCCCCAACACCACUCACAAAGACCGUGGAGGUCCAGACCGACUACCGAGACUCGGAGGCCCAGACAGACCCCUACACUCCAGAGUACGUCGUUAGACCAGGAUCAGCUCCCGAGCUCCUCACUCUGGCAACACUCUCCUUCGGGCGAGGAUUACCAGCAGGUUUGGCCGAGGUGGAGAUGAUUGAGCGAGCACGAGCUAAACGAGCAUGGGAGGCAACUCUACCACCUCUGAACGAUGUAUCCCAACUUGACAAGCGUCGACGUAUGAUGGAUGAGAUGGAAAGGAAAGAAUGGGCUUUAAGGGAACAGGAAAUUGAAAAGUUACAAGAAGCAAGACUUGAAGUGUUGAAGGAACUGUUGAAGAAGAGGGAAGAAAACCAUCAAGAGCUGAAUAUAAAACGUCUCGACAAAAUCUGGUCCAAGAAGCAGAAAGAAAAAGAGUCAAAGAUUAAAAAAAUAAGGAAUGAACAUAUAAAAACGAUAAGAAAGUUAACUGGUAAAAGGAAGAAGGUUGAGGGAAAGUUGGAACGUCGCGAUGUUAUCGGGGACUUCUCCAACUAUGGAUCUCAAACAUAUGCUCCUCUGACACGUAUUGGAAUGUUUCUGGACCGAGGAUCGGAGCAGUAUGUUGUCAGGAGUCGCCACAUCAACACAUACCAAGGCCUGAUGGAACUAGAACAGUCCCUGCCUGACUUUGUCCUCAACCCGAGGAUCAAAGCACCCAAACCCAAAACUGUCACCAAGGCCGGCUUCAUCAAACGCAAAUACAGGAAGCAGCGUGAACUUAUGGACAUGCACGAGUCCAUCAAAGCUGAAAAAGCUAAAGGAGAAGAAGAGCCCAAACCACUACGAUUCCUACAGAAGAUCGAGAAACCCAUUCCUCGACCCCCAACUCCAGCCGUGGAGGUCCCGCUAGAGGAGGAAGAAGAAAAGGAGCUAGCGAUAAUCUACCUACAGAAGGUGAUCCGAGGUCGUGCUAUACAAAACAUGAUAUUCGAAGGAAAGGAGAAGAGAACAGAAUUGAUAAAGGAAUUGAGAAGUACACAUGCGCUACAGGAGGCUGAACAGAACAUCAAGCACCAAGAGAAACAAGCAACCCUCGCCCUGCAGCGACAGAGGAGGCUGCAUGAACACAAGGAGUUCUUGGUGGACGAGGCAAUGAGCCAGCUGGAGGGUUCAAGCAUGGGAGACACCUAUGACUUCCUCAGCAAGGAGUUGAUUCGUCUACAGGAGGAGAGAAGAGUCCAUGCAUUCUCCAUGCUUGCUGAGCGUCAACGCAGAAUCAGAGAGGCUGAGGAAAGCGGGCGUCGUCAAGUGGAAGAGAGGCGAAGAAGAGAGGAAGAUGAAGUCUUUAAACAGGCCGUCAAAGUUCACCAGAACUGUGUUGAUACAUAUCUGGAAGAUAUCAUUCUUGGCUCCAUCGACAACACUGCCGACCUUCAGGCUCGCAGUGAAAUCACCGAGAAGGCUACCAUUAUUAACGACAUUGCAUACGAGAUGGAAGACAAGCGGACACAGCUCCAGUCCGAGGAGAUUGUUGCUGACUUGGUUCAUUGCUUCCUCAUCCCCGAGGUCCAGAAAAAAGACAUGAGAGAGAAAGUGAGGAGAGAUCAAAGAAGGUAUCUGUUAGCCGCUCACAAAGAAAUUGUGAAGGAUGGAGAAGAAAUUAUUGACAUGAAUGCCAAACCACCAAAAACUGCCCCAAGCACAGACACUCCGACGCAGCAGGAACAGAAAUAAAAAGUUAUGACAAAACCACAAUGAAGUGCCAGCUCAAAUCAUGAUGUUCUUGAAAUUAUGGCUGAUAAAUUCCUUCAUUCUGUGAAAACAGUGGUGUUACUUCAGAGGAGUAUUAAGUUGGGAAAAUUGGAGACAAGUGGAUUAUCUCCCUUUAGAUCCUGUUGGCUAACUUGCAUCAAAUUGUGAUGUAUUUUUACAUACAAUAGGUAUAUAAUAUUCAUUUAAUGCCAUUGAUGCAGCACUUGAAAAAAAAAUCACACAGCACUCGUCAUGUCUAUGUAGCAGAACAUUCAUAGGUCAUCACUAUUGUGUUAAACCGAUAUAUCAACCUUUAUCAAUUAUUUGGUAUGACCGAGACUUAUCUAAAUCCUUGUCCCAGAAUAAAUACUGGAAAGUUUUGAUGAAUUCUUAAUAUUGUCCCUGGUAUGGUUUGUGUGCAUUUUGAACUACAUUCCAAUUGUGAUGUUGCUCAUGACAUCACCUACAGAUUUCGUGUAUUUUUCAAGAAACAAAAUUGCAAAUUACAUAAAAAUUGAAAAGCAUGAUAAUACUUGGAGGGGAGGGGAAGGGAGGGAUUUUAAGAGAUUAAUUUAUUUAAAUGUUUGUAUCAAUUUUCAUUUGUCAUGAAGUGUGUUCAAAUCUACUGCACCAGAUUCUCUAUGAUCAGCCUGGGGCAUACUUGCUAUAAGGGUCUGAGUCACCAUAUUCCGUCCAUAAUUAAAUAUACUUGUGACUUUAUAGAUUCUGUCCGUAAUCUAUUCAUGACUUUGAACACAACACUAAACCAGCCUUAUACAUGAUUGUUUUUUUCACAUGUCAAGUUAGAUCAGUGUACAACUUGGUUAGAUCAGUCAACAACUUAAAUGAAAUUCAUUAAAUGUGAUGAUAGUAGUCCGCAAGCAGGAAAUAUUUUUAUAUUUUUUUCGAAAUUGUGUGUACAUAUGUAAAUAGCAUUGCAACCCUAUCUGUGAUAUGAUGUAGAUACAUCAGUGUACAGACCAGCUCUCUGAUGACAGACCUCACUCGGGGGUGUCGCCAGGAACUUUGUGGGCUCUGAAAAGUUCCCUAAUGUCUGAUGUAUAAACCUUCAAUAAACUAUGUGUAACAACUAAAAA